GUCAUGCAUUCUAACGUUGUUUAGAAGUCAAUUCUUCGCGGAAAAAUUCCAUAAGGGCCUCGUAAAAUCUUCCAAAAUGGCUCUUUUGAACAGAAGGCUUAAAGACAAGGAUGUCGACCAUCUCCCAUUGAUCGAGAAACCCGAAAAAGUUGUCGUAGAUCUCGAUGAAGAAGACGACGAAAACGAAGAAGUUUUUGCCCACCAUGGAAUCACAUUGUGGGUGUCGGAUGCCGUGAUCAUGAUCAUCCAACAUGUGCAGAUUUUUGCGCUGAUUUUGGCGAUGGGCGAACGCUGGGGUUAUCCAAGACAGUUUGUGCGAUAUGCUUCGUUUACAUUUAUUUUCAACCUGGACAUUUGGGAGUUUGUGAAAGUUUAUUCCGGAGCUUACACGGGACCGCCAAACCUUGACACUUUUAUUCCUUCAGAGAACAUCGGUGUCAAUUACGGAUACUAUUUGAUAGGAUGGACCAUUGGUAUUGCUGUUGUUGGUUGUGGAUUUUUAAUAACUUACGCUGUUUUCCUCUAUCGAAAACCGUUGUAUUUGCUGCUUCACAUUGCCAGAAUGAAACGCAUUUUCAGUGUUUUUAUCCAGCUGGUGAGCUUGCCCGUCGGUACUGCAUACGCUCGUGUGUUCCACUGCCGAAGUGAUGGAGUAUGGAACGUGGAAAACAGCGUUCAGUGCUACACUCUGGACAGCUUGGAGCACUGUUUGUUUGUUAGUUUCGCCAUAUUAGUGGCGAUCCUUCUGUUUUUGGCGUACCCAAUAAACAUGAUCAGGAAAAUACGAGGUCAAGUUAUCUGCUACAGUGAAGAGAAACACGAAGGAUACCUGCAACUGAAAGAGGCUGAAUACAAUCAAGGACUUGACAUUUUGUGGGCAGUCGGACAGUUCCAUCUCUUUUCAUCUUUCCGCCGACUUUGGAUCUAUUACAGGCCUAUUAUGCUGAUGCUUAAGUUUUGCUUGGUGGCCUAUUUUGCAACUUUUCUGCUUUUCACCGAGAACAACCCAGAGAGACUUACAAUGGGAGAGAAACUGCUCAUAAACAUUCCAAUUUUUAUGUUCUUUUUCCUGGUGUUGUUUGGUUUGUUUUCUUCGGGACUGGCUCGGCCGCCUCUCAGUGCAUUCAGGGCUUUUACACGGUGGUGUUGCUGGAAGGGGAUAUCCCGACUGUUGCAUGUUCUUUUCAACAUUACUCCAACGUGGGUAGUGGCCAAGUUCUUUUUAGUUUUACUGGCUGUUGGUGUGUUUGCCAUUGAUCAUUUGGGUGGAGGAAUGGGAGCACUGUUGUCUAUGUUGAGUCUUAUAAUGGUCCGAAGUCUCCCAUUCCGUGUGUCGUCAUUCAACUUCAUGAUCUUGUUUUGCUUGGCUGUCAAUAUAAGUAAUGCUUAUGUGGGUUGCAUGGUUGAGAUGUUCAACAACAGUGAAACAGUGAAUGCCUUCUUUGCGCCACCCAUUCCACUCACCAUUCUAACAUGGGUGAACAUAUCUUGGGCAUGUGUUAUAUUCCUGUGGAUGGUCUAUCUGCUGCUGCGAUACAUGCAUGUCAUUCUUCCAAAGAAGCCCCUUUGGCCAAUGCUGAGUACUGAUGGAAAAAGCAACAUAAGUGAAGAAACAAAGAAGUACAUGCGAGCUGUGCUGAAGGGACGUCACACUUUGGAGAAAGCACUUUCAAGUACACCUAUCUUCGCACCAGUUCAUGAAUUGGAAAGGCAGAUUCACAUCAUCAACGCAUAUUGCCGAGAAGCAGAAUAUCUCGAUGACCCAACUUUUGAUUCAUUAUGGGACCUUCUUGAUGAACUCAUUGAAGCCCACAGAACCUUGGCACCUCAGUCGCUGUUUUCACAAUCUGUAAAGAAGACAAUCCGUGAGACAGCCAAGGAGUUCAUGACCAUGAUGCCACAGAUGAGAAAGAGGCUUGAUCAGCGAGAAUAUGACUUCAUUCUGAUGGAUCCAAUGAAGAAACGCAUGCUUUUGAAAAUGUAUGUGUUGGGAACAUUUGUGAAUGGGCGUAUGGAUAAAGUCAAACAGGAUGUGGAACAGAAAGUUUACAAAGCACUAAAGGAGGCCGAAAAUCAGAAAACUCCAUCUAGUCUGUAUGGCAGCACCACUGCGUUUGAAUGGGAUAGUAUGAUAGACAUGGCAGGUCCUUAUACAACAUUUGACACAAUGAGAACCACGUCAAGUACGGGGAGCCGACCAGGAACUGGAGUCUCUGUUGGUUCACGGCCAGAUAGUGUUGAGAAGUUACUGGAUGCAGUUGAAGACUGGGAAGAAGGACAAGAAGCAGCCAGUAGUAAAAAGAAAGUUUCUGUUGCAUCGAUGCCAUUAAUUGAGGAACAUCCUUCAUCUCCGUCAGGAUCUACAUACUCGUCAGCUUCCAUUCCCGGUCAAAUAAAUUAUGACGAUGAUCAGAGGCGACCUAGAAGUGCUGGACGCUCAUCACUGCUUAACCAGCGAGUAAGAGAUGGAUCAACCAGCUCAACAGCAUUAAUUGGGGACAGUUCUGCCACAGAACAGCCCAGUACGUCAGGGUCACAGUCAUCACUAAGAAGUACUGAUGAUCGGAAGCCACUAUUAUAGCAUGAAAAAAAUACUUGUAAUGUAAAUAUGUAAGGAUAAACUAAAGCCAAGGACAUCCAUACAUGGUAGAAAUGCAGUUUAUGAGCCAGCCAUCAGUAUGUAGAUACUAAUAUUUUCUGUAUAAAGUAUGCAAAUAGUAACAUAAUGUAAAAAGACAAAAUCAUUUUUGAGUUGUCUGUGUUAAGAACCAUUUGGAUGAAAACAAGUUUCAUCCAGUGAAAGCAUAGUUAAUUGAGGGGAAUGGUUAUAAUUUUGAAACUUGACAAAGUUCUUUGUUGUAUGUGUUUGAUGUCUCUUUUGGCCUUGGCCAUGCACAAAACAAAGGAGUUGUUUAGUACUGACCGGGAAACUAACCAAUAAAACUGUUUUGAUUACGUAACUCAUGCAUAGUGUAUGAAUGCAAAACAAAAGAUUUUGCACUGUCGUAGACCUUCCAACAUAAAUCUUGGUAUCUUUGUUUGUUCCUUUGAUGUUUUCCAGGCUUCAUAACCAUUCCCCAUAACUAUGGUGAAAGUGAACCCAAGAGAUAAAUUCUACUUGCACAUGAAAGCUUUUGCAUCUGAAACAGUCUGUGUUAACAAAUUUUGAAAAGCCGUUUUGAUAACUGAGCCCACAUUCAAAUUGUUGUAGCAUUGUAAUGAGAAUUUACUUGAAUGUAUUGAACAUUGAUGAUGAAAAUUGAGAGACUUUUUGUAUUGCUUAUUUAGGUGGCCAGAGAAAUCCAUUUGUAAAUUAUGUAUUUUUGAUGCUUGACAAGUUUUACCAUACUUUAUUUAAGUAUUUCAUUAUUUAUGAAUUCAAUAUUUUUCUAAAGCGUUAGGUAGCUGGAAGUUGAUUGAAAGCCAGUGGUUCCAUAAUUUUUGAAAGUUUUGGACUAUUAUUUUUAUUGGAGCAUAAAAUCUUCUUUUCAUGAAUCUUCCAUGGUUAGAUAACUUGUGAACAACCUCCCUAGUUUAGUACAGGGUGAAAAAAGGAACUGCACUACCCCAUACCCUAUUGUGGAACCUGUCUCCAGGCUAAGGGUUGGAUAUCCAGGUUACAGAGGUUUUUGUUGUUCUCUCAUUUAAAAGUCUACAUACGAGCGAAGUAGCCCAUCAGGCGGGAGCUUAUCCUGGUUUCCGUAGCAUAAAGUGACUAGGAGUAUUUCUACUCCCCCCAGAUGGGAUGCUAGUCCAUUGCAGGGUUAUCUUAGCAUUAAGUUCACCGGUACCAAUUUAUACACCUGGGUGGAGGGAGGCACUAUGAGAGUAAAGUGUCAUGCCCAAGAACACAGCAGUGUCCCUGGCCAGCAGCUGGAUCCAGAGAUGAGGGCACUAACAAUGAGGCCACUGUGCAUGAGGCCUCUGUCCUCUCAUCUACUGAUGCCAAAAAGCCUGUGCAGCAGUUGGCAGUUGUAGCUCAGUGAUUGCUACUGUUUUGCUGGUCAAAUUUGAUUAAGAGAAGAGAAGAGAAACCCUUGGGAUCAGGGAAGAUGCAGACACACCAUAAAGUAGCAUAAUUCUAGGAUUUACCUGUAAUAAAAGAUGUUAACAACCCCAGUUACUGCAAAAGUGCUUUUUUCAUAAAUUUUAUAGGUUAUUUUUGUACAAAAGUAUAGUACACCGGUAAUAAAUUAAAGUAGAUUCGCUUUGUA